AUGUUCCCCACACGGCCGGCGGCGCGUUGGCCAACGUCCAGUUCCAUGUCGGCCACCGCGCUCUUCCUUCCUGCAAACCAAAGCUCCACGUCUAGUGCCGCUAGCACUCUCCGGCAACCUGCGCCGGCUUCCACCUCCGCAAAGCUCCACUUCCCGCUCCGCCUCCCUCACCAUGCCCGCGCUAGAACUUAUCGCCCCGCCGCGUUCGGGAGGGGAUCGCCUGUGUCCGGCCGUAGAGAGAAGGACCACUACGCCACGCUGAACAUCCGCCGCGACGCCACGUUUCAGGAGAUCAAGGCUACCUACCGGAUUCUCGCCCGCAAGUACCAUCCUGAUAUGAAUAAGAGUCCUGAAGCAGAAGAAAAGUUCAAGGAGAUCAGUGCUGCAUAUGAGGUUCUAUCUGAUGAAGAUAAAAGAUCUUUAUAUGAUCGCUUUGGAGAAGAGGGGCUCAGUGGUGAUUACAGAGAUGGAGAUAUUGGCACACAUGGGGGUACACAAUUUAUUUAG